AUGGCUGGAGGCGCAGAUCUAAAAGUCCCUUCUUUGGUGUCAAAAGCUACUAAUGAUCGAAACCAAGAACAUGAAAGUGGCGGCAAUCACACCUGGCCUGGUUCUGAUGUGUUCGUGUCUCCCAAAGUGCCCAAGGCAGUGUCACCAGUUUCAUCUGUAGCUGAGGGGGAGACCAUUAUUAGGCGGCCUCGUGGGAGGCCAGCUGGUUCUAAGAACAAGCCUAAGCCCCCCAUUAUUGUCACCCGAGAUAGUGCCAAUGCACUCCGUGCACAUGCCAUGGAAGUUAGCUCUGGCUGCGAUGUGAGUGAAAGUUUGGCCAAUUUUGCUAGGAGGAAACAACGUGGCAUCUGCAUACUUAGUGGCAGUGGAUGUGUCACCAAUGUCACACUGCGACAACCAGCCUCCUCCGGUGCAAUAGUGACCCUUCACGGUCGGUUCGAGAUUCUUUCAUUGCUCGGAUCAAUCUUGCCUCCACCAGCCCCGCCGGGCAUCACCGGCCUGACAAUAUACCUGGCUGGUGCUCAAGGGCAGGUUGUGGGCGGGGGUGUCGUUGGUGCACUCAUUGCUUCUGGCCCUGUUGUGAUCAUGGCUGCAUCAUUCAUCAAUGCCACUUUUGAUCGCCUGCCAUUGGAUGAUGAUGAAAUUGCUGCAGCUAUGCAAAAUCAACAUUAUCAAAACGGCCGUAAUCAUCCCCUUACAGAUAUUUCCGACUUGUAUGGAAUCCCACAGAACUUGCUCACCAAUGGAACCAUGACCCCUGAGUUGUACUCUUGGGCACCAGGCCGAACCAUGUCCAAAACCUAG